AUGUGUAAGACUAGAGUGUUUCUACUAGAGAUCAUAUCCAGUAAUCAAAGUGCAUUUGUUAUUGGUAGAACUAUUGUUCAGAAUAUAGUCAUAUGUCAAGACUUGAUGAGGCUCCAGAACAGAAAGAAUACCACAAGAAGUUGUCUUAUCAAGAUAGAUCUAAGGAAAGCCUGUGAUACUGUGGAGUGGGAAUCUGUAGAAGAGAUAUUGUAUGGUCUCAACUCUCCCCACAGUAUUGUCCUGGAUGGUGGUGUGCAUGGAGAAAUCAUUGGGCAGAUGGGGCUAAGACGAGGGGACCCAAUCUCACCCUUUUUAUUUGUCAUAUGCAUGGAAUACUUCACAGGAAUUAUGCAAUGGGUGGCCACACAAGAGGGCUUUGCAUUUCAUACAAAAUGCAAAGGGUUAAAGUUGAAUCACCUUUGCUUUGCUGAUGAUAUGUCAAUAUUCAACAAAGGAUAUUUCCACUCUGUAAUGUUGAUGUUGAGAGGGCUGAAGACAUUCUCAGAAGCAUCAGGACUGACAACUAAUGCAACAAAGUCCAGCAUAUUCUCAGCCAAUAUGGAUCAUCAGGUGCUAGAAGACUUUUGUGAGACUACAGGCUAUACGAAGGGUAAAUUGGCAAAAGGCUAUCAGCAGUCGGUUUUGAAAUGCUGGUGGAUAAAUUGGUAA